UGAAAGCAACGCCAGGGAGCCAAUAGCUUCGGCUAAUCGGAUCCGAGGUCUCAGCUGUGAAUAUUGGAACUUUCUCUGGAACCUGUUGCUUCUUUCACAUCCAUUUGCUACAGCACUGGGCUGUCGGUUGUCUGGGCUCUGGCACCGCUGCCGAAUCCAGCUUAUGGGCCAUUAGGUCGAUCGGUUGGGUUCCGAUGGGUCCUGUUCCCCCAGCCUUUCCGUGUAAUGGCUCCGAGCGGCUGUGGCUGUGCCGGUGGCUGGAAGCGAAUGCAGCGAGUCUGCGGGAGUUGCACGUACAGAGGCAGGAGGCAGAGGAGCGGGUCGUGCGGGCCCUGAGCUGUACCGGCGAGGAUAAUGGAUUGCAGUGGGCAAGAAGCAAGACCAGGGGUUCUAUCCACAAUCAAACCGUAUGGGCUGGACCUGUGGGAGCCAAGUCUGAGCUUGGACCUGUGGGAGCCAAGUCUGAGCUUGGACCUGUGGGAGCCAAGUCUGAGCUGCAAGGAGACCCCGGGCUGGUUGGGGAUGAGCAGGGACACAUCCAGCGAGACAUAGAGCACAACCUGACGCGAUUAGGGGCACUUCAACUGGGGCAGAACCAUGAAGACAGAGACCACUUUGUGUUAAGAGGGGCUUUCAAGGAUGCAGAGUUUCCUGACGAUGGAACUGGCCAAGCCCAGGAGACCCACCUGAUAAGAACCAGCAAAGCAGAACCGUGUGUUACCCAGGGGUGCGUGAGAAGGGGGGCAACAGAACCGGGACAGGGCCAGACUGGGGUAGAAGUUAGCGGCAGGAACCAGGACUGGAUCUGGGACAAAGAGAACUUGAUCUCUGCGGUACCACCUGAUACUUCUGGACUGCACAGAAUUGGAUCUGGAUCGUGGGUCCCACGUCUAAGACUGGGUAGCUCUGGGGUAACCAGUGACAUCAUCUUUUUGAGGAGGCUAAGUGGGAAUUCCCUGUCGACACCCAGCUCAGGGUUCUGUGAGGCCAGCGACAUAGAUUCCAUCUCCUCCUCUUGCUCUUCCCUGUGCAGCGAGGCAUCAUAUCCCACUCCCCUUUCCAUGAUGUCACCACGCCGGAAUUCUUCACUGAGGCCCAGGUCCACUGAUUGCAUUGGAGAGUGCAGAAAAGAUAUUCAGUAUGUAAGAGGAGGGGCCCAAAGACCAAUGUCAGCAGGUGCCCUCGAGUCCUCAUACUUUACAAGCCUGUCUCUGAACCAUUCCUGUUUUGAUAUUACACAGCGAGAGAAUGUGAUUCCACCUCCUAUCACCACCAUUUCUCCUACACUUUGUGUGGUCCAGCAACGACGUAGGGCUGAACGCUACAUCUAUAAACUGGCUCUCAAGUACCGGUGCAGGCCCGGGGCAGCACCUCUUCCCCCUGACUUGGGACCUACAGUGCACAGGGGUUUAGCCUCUCUCUCCCUUAUCUCUGUGUGUCCCCCUAGUACGCCUCCAUCCCCCCAGUGCAACACUCUCUCAUGCAGUGUAGGAGAUGUAAGGAAAACCCCAAAGAAUCAUGGAUCUUGGGGAAAGUUCCUGAGUCGAGUAAUGCUGCGCAGGGAUCCACGGGCUGCUUCAGAGAUGAAUCUUGAACUGUGUGGAAGAGGGAAUGGCACACCGUUAGUGGAGAACCACCUCCAGAGGGCCAAAUCUGUCCGGGACUUGUUCUCAGUCAGCUCAUUUAAAAAAAGUCAAAAAGGGUUAAAUAAGCUUCACUAACCUCUGUUGGAAAUGGAAACGUUUUAAAAAGCAUGCUAAACACCCCCCCCCCCCCCCCCCCCCCAAAAAAAAAAAGACCAUGAAGGGAUAAUGUACUAUAAGAUGCAAAGUUUGCAUCAGGUCUAGUAACCCAGAGCAACUAAUCAGCCAAUGGCAAUCAAACUGUACCUGAACAAUUAUUAUUAGACAUUUCACGAGAACCUCUUGCCUCGGAAUUUGUCAGUGUUACAGUUUGUCCUUUUCUCCUGCCCAUAAGCAGUUACUGAUAUUUUAUGUUAUUUCCUUGCGUACUGUAUAUGCUGUAUAUAGUAAGAUGUACAUAGUAAUGGCAGAAUGAUGCCGUGCCAUGUAAUAUUGUUUAAUUAAACUAAACCAAAAUUAAUCCAGA